CCACCGUAGUAAUGGUUUCAAGUGAGCAAAAGGCAAUGAUAUCCGAAGAAAAUGAAAGGAGUCGAGUUAGUAUUUUGAUUUUGGCUUCUGCGAGGAGCUUGUCUACGUUUGGGUUUGCGUGUGGCGUGCCACUGCUACCGCUGCUCGCGGUGGGGUCGAUGGACGACGCGCCGUCGCAGGCGCAUACGGGUGAAACGGGUGACGAGUGUGACGAUGAGAAUGAGAAGGAGGACGGCGAGCAAGCCACUCCAAUAGGUUUGGACGUCCUCGAUGGCCAGUCCAUAGGCGUGCUGCACGUUCAAGCGGGCCAUUUCCAUGUUGAUUUGUGCGAUGAGGUAGCGUGCGAGACCCUCUGGGUUGUAGGAGUGGGAGAGGAGGGUGUGGACGACCUGGCGGGUAGAGGGCGAGAGGAGGGCGGUGGUCUAGACGAUGCUCUAGAGAGUGUAGACGAUGGUGGUGGAUAG